AUGAAUCAAAUAGAUGAAAUUUCACAUCAAUUCACUAUAUAUGUUGGUAUUAUGAUGUAUAUAUUUGGUACAAUUGGAAAUAUAUUAAAUAUUUGUGUAUUUUCUAUAUGGUCUCGUUUACCAAAAAAAUCAUAUAGAAGUUGUAAAAUUGUUCGAACAAAUAAUAGUUCAUUGUAUUUACUUGCAUCAUCAAUAGCAAAUUUGAUUGUUAUUAUUUAUCCACUUUUAACACGUAUUCUAUUUGAUGGUUAUGAAUAUCAAGUAACCAGAACAAAUUUAUUUAUUUUAUGUAAAUUACGAUAUUAUCUUAUGCAUACAUUUGAUUUAAUAUCAUUAACAUGUAUUUGUAUGGCAACAUUUGAUCGAUAUUUAUUAUCAUCAAGAAAAGUUCGUUUUAGAGAAUUAAGUACACGACGACAUCGAACAAUAUUAAUUAUAUUAUUUAUUAUUUUUUUAAUAGGAUUUCAUAAUAUUUCAAUAGUUAUAUUUUAUGAUGUAUCAAAUAUUGGUCAUUGUAUAAUUUUUUCAAGAAUAUAUUUAUAUUAUUAUUUAUAUACAAUUCAAAUAUUUCUUCAUGGAAUAAUUCCAAUUAGUUUUCUUUCUAUAUUUGGAUUAUUAACAUUUAAACAAUUAAAAAAAAUAAAGACUCAUCAUCAUCAUCAUCAUCAUCAUCAUGGAAAGAUAAGUAUAGAUAAACAAUUAUCUCGUAUGCUUUUAUUAAUAUCUAUUGCUAUAAUACUUUCAUCAAUUCCAUAUUGUAUUGAACAAUGUUUAAAUGGUAUAUUUAUUGAAAAUGAUUUUUUAAAAUCAUCUUAUUUUUUUCUUUAUCAUGUUAUAUCACAUAUAUUAUAUUAUACAAAUCCAGUAUCGAGUUUUUAUAUAUAUUAUAUAUCAACACCAAAUUUUCGUAGGCAAAUAAAUAAAAUAAUUUUUUGUAAACAUUCUUUUAAUUAUGUUGUUUAUUAUAAAAUUAAAAAAUAA